AAAAAAAGAAGUUAAAAUCAACUCACAGCAGAGGAGGGAGGGAGAGAGGGAGAGAAAACGCCCUGGAAACUUAGUAGAUCAAGGAGUGACAGAAUCCUAACUGACUGCAAAGUUGUGACUGGAAGAACCGCUUUUCUUGGGCUGGGGAGAAGGGGAGAGGACACGUUUUCAAGGAUGCUCAAGCUGGUGUGAGGCUUCUUGGGCGCAAAAUCUGCGCACAGAAGUCAAGAAAGGAGCAACACAGCAUCAGACUGAAGCCCUUGGCAUUGCUUGAGCAAUCCAAGGAAAACCAAGGCAGAGUUUCCAUUACACCAGGGGAUAAAUAGAGGAAACACAAAACAAGAUGGCUGAAGAAGAGGAAACCAGGGAGGUGCUCUUUCCAGACUGGGAAGGCCCAGACAAAACUGGCUUGACCAUUGAACAGACAAGUGGAGGAGAAAUCUUUGUUAAGGAGGUGAAAGGGGAGUCACCUGCAGCACGUUCUGGAAAAGUAUACGAAGGUGACCAGAUUGUGGGUGCCACUAUCUACUUUGAUAACAUGAGCUCAGAAGAAACAGCUGAGCUACUGAAGACACUGAACCGCCACAAGGUUGGACUGAAACUACAAAACAAAGGAGACAAAUCCCCUUACUGCUCACCCUUGAGCACGCCAUGUCGUUCACCAAUGGGCACACUGACAUGGGAAGGGAAGACCCGGUUGGGAAGUUCGAGUCCAGACAUCGUUCUUAGUGGGGAUGAUGAGGACUACAAGAGAAUAUACACAAAAAAGAUCAAACCAAGGCUGAAGUCUGAAGACCUUGCAGAGGGAGUUGAUGUUCGCACAGAGCGGCACAGCAGCACAAGCAGUGAUGGCAGCACAAUUACUACCAUCACCCGCCGCAUCACUACCUACACUGUGGAUAUGCCGAGUGGCAUAAGUGAGCAACUUGAACUUUCAAGCCCAGAGUUCAAGGGGCUAAGACACGAAUCGGGAGAUGGGUCUCCUCGUAUCAGAAUCUCACAUGGCAGCACUUCAGGUAAAGAUGGAGCAGAAGAGGGAGUUUUUGAGUCAAGCAAUGUCUCUUACACUGGGCCACACAUUAGCUCUACAGAGACACGCUGGAGCAGUGGGGGAGUUAAGACUGGGAGUAGGCAUGUUACAAUAGGAAGGUUGGGAGGUGCAGAGGUAUUGCCGGCUGAUGAGAAUGGAGGGUCAAACAGUCUGUCUUUACUAGGGAAAGGCAAGCAGAUUUUGACUACAGCCAUGGAUAAAACACAGGAGGGAAGCACUGACACCAGUUCAGGUGAGAGAACGCAGGUGAAGGUAUCUGAAAUUAGCAUCAGUCACCCGCAGGCAAAGGGAUCAGGCAGUACUGAUAUUCCAAAUGUCAGACAUGAUGGAGAUUCCAUAGAUAUUGAUGCUGAAUUGAGAGGUGGCAGGACAGGAGGAUCAGCAAUAACAUUAGGCAAUGUUACCUCAGGAUAUUCCUCAGGACCAGGCAAGAUUUCAGAGGCAGGUGUGGGUGUUAACCUCACAAGUUCAGUGUCAAAAGGUAAGGUUGAUGUCAACCUGCCAAGAACAAAAGGAGGAAUAAAAACAUCUGGAAUAGACACAGAAGUUCCAGGCUGUGAAACUGAGGGCACUGUGAGUGGCAUAAAAAUGUCAACAAUCAAGAUGCCUGGAUUUGGCAUGAAAGGAAAAGAGAAAGAGGGAACUAGUGUUGAAGUUAAACUCAGCGGUGAUGCAGAUAUGUCAAAGGUGCUAACACCAGAACAAGACAUCAAAGAGAAAGAUAUGCAAAUCAAAGGGUCCAGUGCUAGUAUUCAAGGACCGAUUGUGAAAGUAAGACUUCCGGAGGCGGACAGUGACUUUACGGCACCUGAAAUGAACUCUCACAUUCAAACCAAACUACCAAAGAGUGAUAGCAAAAUGGGGGUGUCUACAGUUCAAAUUUCAUCUUUAUCUGGGCCACGUAUAGAUGUAAACCUAAAGGGUUCUAAGGCAGAGGGAAAUCUUGAUGUAAACAUGCAAAAGACUGAGGGAAAAAUAAAGGCACCCAAAGAAGACAUUAAAGGCCCUGAUGUAAAUAUUGAGGUAAAAGAAGGAGAUUUCAAAAUGCCUCAGAUAAAGACACCAUCAUUUGUGACUCCUGGGGUUGCGAGUAAAGUACCACAAGUGGUUCUUGGAAAAAGUGAUGUAAAAAUAAAAGGAGCAAAACCCGACAUUGAGACAAAAAAUUCUACAGUUGGUAUUAAAGCACCAGAUGUUGAUGGUGGGAGCGUAGAUGUUGACAUUGAGAGUUCAAGUGCUAAUAUCAAAGGGCCAAAAUUUAACAUGCCAAACAUUUCAGGACCGAAAAUCUCUAUGCCAGAUGUGGAUUUCAAUCUGAAAGGUCCAAAACUCAAAGGUGAUAUGGAUGUGUCAGCUCCAAAGAUCGAGGGAGACAUUAAAGCACCUGAGAUUGACAUCAAAGGUCCAGAGGUUGACAUUGAAAGGCCAAAGGGUGGAUUCGAAAUACCUAAAAUCAAAAUGCCCUCAUUUGGCUUCAAAGGUCCAAAAGUGGAGGGUCCAGAUGUUGAUAUAAACCUUCCAAAAGCCAACAUUGAUGUGAAAGCACCUGAGAUUGACAUUAAAGCUCCAGAGAUUGACAUUGAAAGCCCUGAUGCAAAAAUCAAAGGACCAGAAAUGAAGAUGCCAUCCGUAAAAGGACCAAAGAUGCCAGAUAUUGACAUCAAACUGAAAGGUUCUAAACUUGAAGGAGAUGCAGAGGUUUCUGUUCCAAAGAUUGAAGGAGACAUGAAAGCUCCUGAGAUUGACAUUGAAGGACCAGAUAUCAACAGUGAAGGCCCCAAAGGUGGAUUCAAAAUGCCGAAAUUUAAAAUGCCAUCCUUUGGCAUAAAGGGUCCAAAAGUGGAAGGCCCAGACAUUGACCUUCCAAAAGCCAACAUUGAUGUGAAUGCACCUGAUAUUGAUGUUGAAGCACCAGAACUUGAUAUUGAAGGACAAAGUGCAAAACUCAAAGGGCCCAAAUUCAACAUGCCAUCUCUUUCAGGGCCAAAAAUCUCCAUGCCAGAUGUGGAUUUCAACUUGAAAGGUCCCAAACUAAAGGGUGAUGUGGAUAUAUCAGCUCCAAAGGUCGAGGGAGACAUAAAGGCACCUGAUGUUGACAUCAAAGGUCCAGAGGUUGACAUUGAAGGGCCAAAGGGUGGAUUUGAAAUGCCUAAAAUCAAAAUGCCAUCAUUUAACCUCAAAGGUCCAAAAGUGGAGGGUCCAGAUGUUGAUAUAAACCUUCCAAAAGCCAACAUUGAUGUGAAAGCACCUGAGAUUGACAUAAAAGCUCCAAGCAUUGACAUUGAAGGCCCUGAUGCAAAACUCAAAGGACCCAAAGUCAAGAUGCCAACCUUAAAAGGACCAAAGAUGGCAGAUAUUGACAUCAAACUGAAAGGUCCUAAAAUUGAAGGAGAUGCAGAGGUUUCUGUUCCAAAGAUUGAAGGAGAAAUAAAAGCUCCUGAGGUUGACACUGAGGGGCCAGAUGUCGACAUUGAAGGCCCCAAAGGAGGAUUCAAAGUGCCAAAGUUUAAGAUUCCAUCAUUUGGCAUAAAGGGUCAAAAAGUGGAAGCCCAAGAUGUUGAUAUAAACCUUCCCAAAACCAAUAUUGACAUGAAAGGACCUGACGUUGACAUCAAAGCACCAGAACUUGAUAUUGAAGGAUCAAGUGCAAAACUCAAAGGACCCAAAUUCAACAUGCCAACCAUUUCCGGACCGAAAAUAUCUAUGCCCGAUGUGGAUUUCAAUUUGAAAGGUCCCAAACUCAAAGGUGAUGUGGAAGUGUCAGCUCCAAAGAUUGAGGGAGAAAUAAAAGCACCCAAGAUUGACAUUAAAGAUUCAGAGGCUGACACUGAAGGACUGAAGGGUGGAUUUGAGAUGCCUAAAAUCAAAAUGCCAUCAUUUGGCUUCAAGGGUCCAAAAAUGGAGGGUCCAGAUGUUGAUAUGGACCUCCCCAAAGCUAACAUUGAUGUGAAAGCACCUGAGAUUGACAUAAAAGCUCCAGACAUUGACAUUGGAGGCCCAGAUGCAAAACUCAAAGGACCCAAAGUCAAGAUACCAACCGUAAAAGGACCAAAGAUGCCAGAUAUUGACAUCAAGCUGAAAGGUCCUAAAAUCGAAGGAGAUGAAGAUGCUUCUGUUCCAAAGAUUGAAGGAGACUUAAAAGCACCUGAGGUUGACAUUGAAGUGCCAGAUGUCGAUAUUGAAGGCCCCAAAGGUGGAUUCAAGAUGCCAAAAUUUAAAGUGCCAUCAUUUGGUUUGAAGGGUCCAAAAGUGGAAGGCCCGGAUGUUGAUAUAAACCUUCCAAAAGCCAACAUUGACAUGAAAGCACCUGAUGUUGACAUCAAAACACCAGAGCUUGAUAUUGAAGGACCAAAUGCAAAAAUCAAAGGGCCCAAAUUCAACAUGCCAACGAUUACAGGGCCAAAAAUCUCCAUGCCAGAUGUGGAUUUCAAUCUGAAAGGUCCCAAACUCAAAGGUGAUAUGGACGUGAAAGCUCCAAAGAUUGAGGGAGAAAUAAAAGCACCUGAUGUUGACAUCAAAGGUCCAGAGGUUGACAUUGAAGGACCAAAGGGUGGAUUUGAAAUGCCUAAAAUCAAAAUGCCAUCAUUUGGCUUCAGAGGUCCAAAAGUGGAGGGUCCAGAUGUUGAUAUAAACCUCCCCAAAACUAACAUUGAUGUGAAAGCACCUGAGAUUGACAUAAAAGCUCCAGACAUUGAAAUUGAAGGCCCAGAUGCAAAAUUCAAAGGACCCAAAGUCAAGAUACCAACCCUAAAAGGACCAAAGAUGCCAGAUGUUGACAUCAAACUGAAAGGUCCUAAAAUUGACGGAGAUGCAGAUGUUUCUGUUCCAAAGAUUGAAGGAGACUUAAAAGCUCCUGAGAUUGACAUUGAGGGGCCAGAUGUUGACAUUGAAGGUCCCAAAGGUGGAUUCAAGAUGCCGAAAUUUAAAAUGCCUUCAUUUGGUGUAAAGAGUCCAAAAGUGGAAGGCCCGGAUGUUGAUAUAAACCUUCCAAAAGCCAACAUUGAUGUGAAAGCACCUGAUGUUGACAUCAAAGCACCAGAGCUUGAUAUUGAAGGACCAAAUGCAAAAAUCAAAGGGCCCAAAUUCAACAUGCCAUCAAUUUCAGGGCCGAAAGUCUCAAUGCCAGAUGUGGAUUUUAAUCUGAAAGGUCCCAAACUCAAAGGUGAUAUGGAUGUGAAAGCUCCAAAGAUUGAGGGAGAAAUAAAAGCACCUGGUGUUGAUAUCAAAGGUCCAGAGGUUGACAUUGAAGGACCAAAGGGUGGAUUUGAAAUGCCUAAAAUCAAAAUGCCAUCAUUUGGCUUUAAAGGUCCAAAAGUGGAGGGUCCAGAUGUUGAUAUAAACCUCCCCAAAGCUAACAUUGAUGUGAAAGCACCGGAGGUUGACAUAAAAGCUCCAGAUAUUGACAUUGAAGGCCCAGAUGCAAAACUCAAAGGACCCAAAGUCAAGAUACCAACCGUAAAAGGACCAAAGAUGCCAGAUAUUGACAUCAAGCUGAAAGGUCCUAAGAUUGAAGGAGAUGUAGAUGUUUCAGUUCCAAAGAUUGAAGGAGAAAUAAAAGCUCCCAAGGUUGACAGCGAAGUGCCAGAUGUCGAUAUUGAAGGCCCCAAAGGUGGAUUCAAGAUGCCGAAAUUUAAAAUGCCAUCCUUUGGCAUAAAGGGUCCAAAAGUGGAAGGCCCGGAUGUUGAUAUAAACCUUCCAAAAGCCAACAUUGACGUUAAAGCACCUGAACUGGAUAUCAAAGGACCAGAAGUUGACAUUGAGAGUCCCAGUGGAAAGAUCAAGGGGCCAAAAUUCAACAUGCCAUCAAUUUCAGGGCCAAAAAUCUCAAUGCCAGAUGUGGAUUUCAAUUUGAAAGGUCCCAAACUCAAAGGUGAUGUGGAUGUGUCUGCUCCAAAGAUUAAAGGAGACACAAAAGCACCUGAGAUUGACAUCAAAGGUCCAGAAAUUGACAUUGAAGGGUCAAAGGGUGGGUUUGAGAUGCCAAAAAUCAAAAUGCCCUCAUUUGGCCUCAAAGGUCCAAAACUGGACGGUCCAGAUGUUGAUAUAAACCUCCCCAAAACUAACAUUGAUGUGAAAGCACCUGAUGUUGACAUUAAAGCUCCAGACCUUGACAUUGAAGGCCCAGAUGCAAAACUCAAAGGCCCCAAAUUCAAGAUGCCCUCAAUAUCAGGACCAAAGCUUCCAGAUUGGGAUAUUAGUCUGAAAGGGUCAAAGAUAAAGGGAGAUGUCGAUGUGUCAGUUCCAAAGACUGAGGGUGAUGUAAAAGCUCCCGAGGUUGAAAUUGAAGGACCAGAUGUUGACAUUGAAGGUCACAAAGGAGGAUUUAAAAUGCCUAAAUUCAAAAUGCCAUCCUUUGGGGUGAAAGGUCCAAAUGUUGAGGGUCCAGAAAUUGAUGUCAGUCUCCCGAAAGGGGAUAUUGAUAUUAAAGCCCCUGAACUGGAUAUCAAAGGACCAGAAGUUGACAUUGAGAGUCCCAGUGGCAAGAUCAAGGGGCCAAAAUUCAACAUGCCAUCCAUUUCGGGGCCGAAGAUCUCCAUGCCAGAUGUGGAUUUCAAUUUGAAAGGUCCCAAACUCAAAGGUGAUGUGGAUGUGUCAGCUCCCAAGAUUAAAGGAGACAUAAAAGCACCUGAGAUUGACGUCAAAGGUCCAGAGGUUGACAUUGAAGGACAAAAGGGUGGAUUUGAAAUGCCAAAAAUCAAAAUGCCAUCAUUUGGCUUCAAAGGUCUAAAAGUGGAGGGUCCAGAUGUCGAUAUAAACCUCCCCAAAGCUAACAUUGAUGUUAAAGCACCUGAUGUUGACAUUGAAGCUCCAGACCUUGACAUCGAAGGUCCAGGUACAAAACUCAAAGGACCCAAAUUUAAGAUGCCAUCAAUAUCAGGACCAAAGCUUCCAGAUUGGGAUAUUAAUCUGAAAGGAUCCAAAAUAAAGGGAGAUGUUGAUGUGUCAGUUCCAAAGAUUGAGGAUGACGUAAAAGCUCCCAAAGUUGACAUCGAAGGACCGGAUGUUGAUAUUGAUGGACACAAAGGAGGAUUUAAAAUGCCUAAAUUUAAAAUGCCAUCCUUUGGGGUGAAAGGUCCAAAUGUCGAGGGUCCAGAAGUCGAUGUCACUCUUCCGGAAGGUGAUAUUGAUAUUAAAGCCCCUGAAUUGGAUAUCAAAGGACCAGAAGUUGACAUUGAGAGUCCAAGUGGCAAGAUCAAGGGGCCAAAAUUCAACAUGCCAUCCAUUUCAGGACCAAAAAUCUCCAUGCCAGAUGUGGAUUUCAAUUUGAAAGGUCCCAAAUUCAAAGGUGAUGUGGAUGUGUCAACUCCAAAGAUUAAAGGAGAUAUAAAAGCACCCGAGAUUGAAAUCAAAGGUCCAGAAGUUGACAUUGAAGGGUCAAAGGGUGGAUUUGAGAUGCCAAAAAUUAAAAUGCCAUCAUUUGGCUUCAAAGGUCCAAAAGUGGAGGGUCCAGAUGUCAAUAUAAACCUCCCCAAAGCUAACAUUGAUGUGAAAGCACCUGAUGUUGACAUUAAAUCUCCAGAGAUUGACAUUGAAGGCCCAGAUGCAAAACUCAAAGGCCCCAAAAUCAAGAUGCCAUCAAUAUCAGGACCAAAGCUUCCAGAGUGGGAUAUCAAUCUAAAAGGGCCCAAAAUAAAGGGAGAUGUCGAUGUCUCAGUUCCAAAGAUUGAGGCUGACCUAAAAGCUCCCAAAGUUGACAUUGAAGGACCAGAUGUUGAUAUUGAUGGUCACAAAGGAGGAUUUAAAAUGCCUAAAUUCAAAAUGCCAUCCUUUGGGGUGAAAGGUCCGAAUGUCGAGGGUCCAGAAAUUGAUGUCAGUCUCCCGAAAGGGGAUAUUGAUAUUAAAGCCCCUGAACUGGAUAUCAAAGGACCAAAAGUUGACAUUGAGAGUCCAAGUGGCAAGAUCAAGGGGCCAAAAUUCAACAUGCCAUCCAUUUCAGGGCCGAAAAUCUCCAUGCCAGAUGUAGAUUUCAAUUUGAAAGGUCCAAAACUCAAAGGUGAUGUGGAUGUAUCAGCUCCAAAGAUUAAAGGAGACAUAAAAGCACCUGAGAUUGAUAUCAAAGGUCCAGAGGUUGACAUUGAAGGGCCAAAGGGUGGAUUUGAAAUGCCAAAAAUCAAAAUGCCAUCAUUUGGCUUCAAAGGUCCAAAAGUGGAGGGUCCAGAUGUUGAUAUAAACCUCCCCAAAGCCAACAUUGAUGUGAAAGCACCUGAUGUUGACAUUAAAGCUCCAGACCUUGACAUUGAAGGCCCUGAUGCAAAACUCAAAGGGCCCAAAAUCAAGAUGCCAUCAAUAUCAGGGCCAAAGCUUCCAGACUGGGAUAUAAAUCUAAAAGGGCCCAAAAUAAAGGGAGAUGUCGACGUGUCAGUUCCAAAGAUUGAGGCUGACCUAAAAGCUCCCAAAGUUGACAUUGAAGGACCAGAUGUUGAUAUUGAUGGUCACAAAGGAGGAUUUAAAAUGCCUAAAUUCAAAAUGCCAUCCUUUGGGGUGAAAGGUCCGAAUGUCGAGGGUCCAGAAAUUGAUGUCAGUCUCCCGAAAGGGGAUAUUGAUAUUAAAGCCCCUGAACUGGAUAUCAAAGGACCAAAAGUUGACAUUGAGAGUCCAAGUGGCAAGAUCAAGGGGCCAAAAUUCAACAUGCCAUCCAUUUCAGGGCCGAAAAUCUCCAUGCCAGAUGUAGAUUUCAAUUUGAAAGGUCCAAAAGUCAAAGGUGAUGUGGAUGUAUCAGCUCCAAAGAUUAAAGGAGACAUAAAAGCACCUGAGAUUGAUAUCAAAGGUCCAGAGGUUGACAUUGAAGGGCCAAAGGGUGGAUUUGAAAUGCCAAAAAUCAAAAUGCCAUCAUUUGGCUUCAAAGGUCCAAAGGUGGAGGGUCCAGAUGUUGAUAUAAACCUCCCCAAAGCUAACAUUGAUGUGAAAGCACCUGAUGUUGACAUUAAAGCUCCAGACCUUGACAUCGAAGGCCCUGAUGCAAAACUCAAAGGGCCCAAAAUCAAGAUGCCAUCAAUAUCAGGACCAAAGCUUCCAGACUGGGAUAUCAAUCUAAAAGGGCCCAAAAUAAAGGGAGAUGUCGAUGUGUCAGUUCCAAAGAUUGAGGGUGACCUAAAAGCUCCCAAAGUUGAUUUCGAAGGACCAGAUGUUGAUAUUGAUGGUCACAAAGGAGGGUUUAAAAUGCCUAAAUUCAAAAUGCCAUCCUUUGGAAUUAAAGGUCCAAAUGUCGAGGGUCCAGAAGUUGAUGUCAGUCUCCCCAAAGGUGAUAUUGAUAUUAAAGCCCCUGAACUGGAUAUCAAAGGACCAGAAGUUGACAUUGAGAGUCCCAGUGGCAAGAUCAAGGGACCAAAAUUCAACAUGCCAACCAUUUCAGGACCAAAAAUUUCAAUGCCAGAUGUGGAUUUCAGUCUGAAAGGUCCAAAACUCAAAGGUGAUGUGGAUGUGUCAGCUCCGAAGAUAGAGGGAGACAUAAAAGCACCUGAAUUCGAGUCUCCAGUGGGAGAUCUUCCCGGUGCAAAGAUUAAGUUACCAACAGUAUCUGGACCAAAAAUUUCAUUGCCAGAUGUUGACAUCAGUUUGAAGGGGCCAAAGGUGAAGGGUGAUUUGAAAGGGGAUGUUCAACUACCAAAAGCUGAACUUGAGGGCCCAGAUGUGACAGCUGAUAUUCCGGAAAUUGGCUCUAAGAAAACAAAAUUCAAAAUGCCAAAGUUUGGAUUCAAGGGUCCAAAGAUAAAGGCACCAGAAACAGACGUAAAAUUGGCACAAGGGGAUAUCAACAUCAAGGGAAAAACUGGUAGCUCUGAAGGUCUUGAUGUUGACCUAGGAUUGACUAGUUCAAAAACCAAAGGAUCCAAAUUCAAGAUGCCAAAAUUUGGAUUCAAAGGCCCAAAGGUUGAAAUGCCAGAUGUUGAUCUUCAUAGCUCAAAAGCUAGCAUUGACAUAAAAACUCCAGACCUUGAUAUUGAAGGACCAGAUGUUAAAAUUGAGAAUCCUGAUGGCAAAAUCAAAGGAGGGAAACUCAAAAUGCCAAGUAUUUCUGGGCCAAAACUUUCCAUGCCAGAUGUGGAUUUCAAUCUGAAAGGCCCCAAACUCAAAAGCGAUGUGGAUGUGAAAGUUCCAGAGUUUGAGGGAGACUUAGAAGCUCCAAAAGUUGAUAUUGAAAUACCAGAUGUGGACUUAGACAGUCCCAGUGGCAAGAUCAAGGGACCUAAAUUCAAAAUGCCAACUCUUACAGGACCAAAAAUCUCAAUGCCAGAUGUGGAUUUCAAUCUGAAAGGUACCAAAAUAAAAGGUGAUGCCAAUGUGUCACUUCCAAAGAUUGAAGGAGACAUAAAAGCACCCAAGAUUGACAUCAAAGGUCCAGAGGUUGAUAUCGAAGGCCCCCAAGGUGGAUUUGAAAUGCCUAAAAUCAAAAUGCCAUCAUUUGGCAUCAAAGGUCCCAAAAUGGAGGGUCCAGAUGUUGAUAUUAACCUUCCAAAAGCACACAUUGAUGUUAAUACACCUGAUGUUGACAUUAAAGGGCUAGAUGUUGAUGUUGAAGGUCCUGAUGCAAAACUCAAAGGACCCAAAAUCAAACUGCCAUCCAUUUCAGGACCCAAGAUGCCAGAUUGGGAUAUUAGUCUGAAAGGGCCCAAAAUAAAGGGAGAUGUUGAUGUGUCAGCUCCAAAGAUUGAGGGUGAAGUAAAAGGUCCCAAGGUUGACAUUGAAGGACCAGAUGUUGACAUUGAGGGUCACAAGGGAGGAUUUAAAAUGCCUAAAUUCAAAAUGCCAUCCUUUGGGGUGAAAGGUCCAAAUGUGGAGGGACCGGAAGUCGAUGUCAGUCUCCCAAAAGGUGAUAUUGAUAUUAAAGCCCCUGAACUGGAUAUCAAAGGACCAGAAGUUGACAUUGAGAGUCCUAGUGGCAAGAUCAAAGGACCAAAAUUCAACAUGCCAUCCAUCUCAGGACCGAAAAUCUCAAUGCCAGAUGUGGAUUUCAAUCUGAAGGGUCCAAAACUCAAAGGUGAUGUGGAUGUGUCCGCUCCAAAGAUAGAGGGAGAUAUAAAGACACCUGAGAUCGACAUUAAAGGUCCACAAGUUGAUAUUGAAGGUCCCAAAGGUGGAUUUGAGAUGCCUAAAAUCAAAAUGCCAUCAUUUGGCUUCAGAGGUCCGAAGUUAGAAGGUCCAGAUGUUGAUAUAAACCUCCCUGAAACAAAGAUUGAUGUUAAGGCACCUAAAGUUGACAUGAAAGGGCCUGAUGUUGACAUAGAAGGCCCUGAUGCAAAACUUAAAGGACCAAAAUUCAAACUGCCAUCAAUAUCAGGACCAACAAUGCCAGAUUGGGAUAUUAGUCUGAAAGGGCCCAAAAUAAAGGGAGACGUCGAUGUGUCAGUUCCAAAGAUUGAGGGUGACAUAAAAGCUCCCAAGGUUGAUUUCGAAGGACCAGAUGUUGAUAUUGAUGGUCACAAAGGAGGAUUUAAAAUGCCUAAAUUCAAAAUGCCAUCCUUUGGGGUGAAAGGUCCAAAUGCUGAGGGUCCAGAAGUCGAUGUCAGUCUCCCGAAAAGUGAUAUUGAUAUUAAAACCCCAGAACUGGAUAUUAAAGGACCAGAAGUUGACUUUGAAAGUCCAAGUGGCAAGAUCAAGGGACCCAAAUUCAGCAUGCCAAACAUUUCAGGACCGAAAAUAUCCAUGCCAGAUGUGGAUUUCAACUUGAAAGGUCCAAAACUCAAAGGAGAUGUAUCAGCUCCAAAGAUAGAGGGAGACAUAAAAGCACCCGAGAUUGACAUCAAAGGUCCAGAGGUUGACAUUGAAGGGCCCAAAGGUGGAUUUGAGAUGCCAAAAAUCAAAAUGCCAUCAUUUGGCUUCAAAGGUCCAAAAGUGGAGGGUCCAGAUGUUGAUAUAAACCUCCCCAAAGCCAACAUUGAUGUGAAAGCACCUGAAGUUGACAUACAAGUACCAGAGAUUGGCAUUGAAGGCCCUGAUGCAAAAUUCAAAGGACCCAAAUUCAAGAUGCCAUCAAUAUCAGGGCCAAAGCUUCCAGACUGGGAUAUCAAUCUGAAAGGGCCCAAAAUAAAGGGAGAUGUCGAUGUGUCUGUUCCAAAGAUUGAGGGUGACCUAAAAGCUCCCAAAGUUGACAUUGAAGGACCAGAUGUUGAUAUUGAUGGUCACAAAGGAGGAUUUAAAAUGCCUAAAUUCAAAAUGCCAUCCUUUGGGGUGAAAGGUCCAAAUGUCGAGGGUCCAGAAGUUGAUGUCAGUCUCCCGAAAGGUGAUAUUGAUAUUAAAGCCCCUGAAUUGGAUAUCAAAGGACCAGGAUUUAACAUUGAGAGUCCCAGUGGCAAGAUCAAGGGACCCAAAUUCAGCAUGCCAAACAUUUCAGGACCGAAAAUAUCCAUGCCAGAUGUGGAUUUCAACUUGAAAGGUCCAAAACUCAAAGGAGAUGUAUCAGCUCCAAAGAUAGAGGGAGACAUAAAAGCACCCGAGAUUGACAUCAAAGGUCCAGAGGUUGACAUUGAAGGGCCCAAAGGUGGAUUUGAGAUGCCAAAAAUCAAAAUGCCAUCAUUUGGCUUCAAAGGUCCAAAAGUGGAGGGUCCAGAUGUUGAUAUAAACCUCCCCAAAGCCAACAUUGAUGUGAAAGCACCUGAAGUUGACAUACAAGUACCAGAGGUUGACAUUGAAGGCCCUGAUGCAAAAUUCAAAGGACCCAAAAUCAAGAUGCCAUCAAUAUCAGGACCAAAGCUUCCAGACUGGGAUAUCAAUCUGAAAGGGCCCAAAAUAAAGGGAGAUGUCGAUGUGUCUGUUCCAAAGAUUGAGGGUGAAGUAAAAGGUCCCAAGGUUGACAUUGAAGGACCAGAUGUUGAUAUUGAUGGUCACAAAGGAGGAUUUAAAAUGCCUAAAUUCAAAAUGCCAUCCUUUGGAGUGAAAGGUCCAAAUGUCGAGGGUCCAGAAGUUGACGUCAGUCUCCCGAAAGGUGAUAUUGAUAUUAAAGGCCCUGAACUGGAUAUCAAAGGACCAGGAUUUGACAUUGAGAGUCCCAGUGGCAAGAUCAAGGGACCCAAAUUCAGCAUGCCAAACAUUUCCGGACCGAAAAUAUCCAUGCCAGAUGUGGAUUUCAACUUGAAAGGUCCAAAACUCAAAGGAGAUGUAUCAGCUCCAAAGAUAGAGGGAGACAUAAAAGCACCCGAGAUUGACAUCAAAGGUCCAGAGGUUGACAUUGAAGGGCCCAAAGGUGGAUUUGAGAUGCCAAAAAUCAAAAUGCCAUCAUUUGGCUUCAAAGGUCCAAAAGUGGAGGGUCCAGAUGUUGAUAUAAACCUCCCCAAAGCCAACAUUGAUGUGAAAGCACCUGAAGUUGACAUACAAGUACCAGAGAUUGGCAUUGAAGGCCCUGAUGCAAAAUUCAAAGGACCCAAAUUCAAGAUGCCAUCAAUAUCAGGACCAAAGCUUCCAGACUGGGAUAUCAAUCUGAAAGGGCCCAAAAUAAAGGGAGAUGUCGAUAUGUCUGUUCCAAAGAUUGAGGGUGAAGUAAAAGGUCCCAAGGUUGACAUUGAAGGACCAGAUGUUGAUAUUGAUGGUCACAAAGGAGGAUUUAAAAUGCCUAAAUUCAAAAUGCCAUCCUUUGGAGUGAAAGGUCCAAAUGUCGAGGGUCCAGAAGUUGACGUCAGUCUCCCGAAAGGUGAUAUUGAUAUUAAAGCCCCUGAACUGGAUAUCAAAGGACCAGAAGUUGACAUUGAGAGUCCUAGUGGCAAGAUCAAGGGACCCAAAUUCAACAUGCCAUCCAUUUCAGGACCGAAAAUCUCAAUGCCAGACGUGGAUUUCAAUCUGAAAGGUCCCAAACUCAAAGGUGAUAUGGAUGUGUCAGCUCCAAAGAUAGAGGGAGAUAUAAAGACACCUGAGAUCGACAUCAAAGGUCCGCAAGUUGAUAUUGAAGGUCACAAAGGUGGAUUUGAGAUGCCAAAAAUCAAAAUGCCAUCCUUUGGCUUCAAAGGUCCCAAAAUGGAGGGUCCCGAUGUUGACCUGAACCUUCCAAAGACAAAUAUUGAUGUUAAGGCACCCGAAGUUGAUGUAAAAGGGCCAAAACUUGAUCUUGAGGGUCCUGAUGCAAAAAUCAAAGGACCCAAAUUCAAGUUGCCAUCAAUAUCAGGACCUACACUUCCAGAUUGGGAUAUCAAUCUGAAGGGACCGAAAGUAAAGGGAGAUGUGGAUGUGUCAGCUCCAAAGAUUGAGGGUGAUAUAAAAACUACAAAGGUUGACAUUGAAGGGCUAGAUGUUGACAUUGAUGGCCACAAAGGAGGAUUUAAAAUGCCAAAGUUCAAAAUGCCGUCAUUUGGUUUGAAGAGUCAAAAAAUGGAAGGUCCAGAUGUGGAUAUAAAUCUUCCUAAAGCCAGCAUUGAUGUGAAAGCACCUGAUGUUGACCUCAAAUCGCCAGAGCUUGAUAUUGACGGACCAAAUGCAAAACUCAAAGGUCCCAAAUUCAACAUGCCAUCCAUAUCAGGACCAACAAUGCCAGAUUGGGAUAUUAGUCUGAAAGGGCCAAAAAUAAAGGGAGAUGUCGAUGUGUCUGUUCCAAAGAUUGAGGGUGACCUAAAAGCUCCCAAAGUUGACAUUGAAGGACCAGAUGUUGAUAUUGAUGGUCACAAAGGAGGAUUUAAAAUGCCUAAAUUCAAAAUGCCAUCCUUUGGGGUGAAAGGUCCAAAUGUCGAGGGUCCAGAAGUUGAUGUCAGUCUCCCGAAAGGUGAUAUUGAUAUUAAAGCCCCUGAACUGGAUAUCAAAGGACCAGGAUUUGACCUUGAGAGUCCCAGUGGCAAGAUCAAGGGACCAAAAUUCAACAUGCCAACCAUUUCUGGACCGAAAAUCUCAAUGCCAGAUGUAGAUUUCAAUCUGAAAGGUCCAAAACUCAAAGGUGAUGUGAAUGUGUCAGCUCCAAAGAUAGAGGGAGAUAUUAAAACACCUGAGAUCGACAUCAAAGGUCCAGAAGUUGAUAUUGAAGGUCACAAAGGUGGAUUUGAGAUGCCUAAAAUCAAAAUGCCAUCAUUUGGCUUCAAAGGUCCAAAGGUGGAGGGUCCAGAUGUUGACAUUAAUCUCCCUGAAGCAAGCAUUGAUGUGAAAGCACCUGAUGUUGACAUUGAAGCUCCAGACAUUGACAUUGAAGGCCCUGAUGCAAAACUCAAAGGACCCAAAUUCAAACUGCCAUCCAUUUCAGGACCCAAGUUGCCAGAUUGGGAUAUCAAUCUGAAAGGGCCCAAAAUAAAGGGAGAUGUCGAUGCGUCUGUCCCAAAGAUUGAGGGUGACAUAAAACCUCCCAAGAUUGACAUUGAAGGACCAGAUAUUGACAUUGAGGGACACAAAGGAGGAUUUAAAAUGCCUAAAUUCAAAAUGCCAUCCUUUGGGGUGAAAGGUCCAAAUAUCGAGGGUCCAGAAAUUGAUUUUGGUCUUCCAAAAGGUGAUAUUGAUAUUAAAGCCCCUGAACUGGAUAUCAAAGGACCAGAAGUUGACAUUGAGAGUCCCAGUGGCAAGAUCAAGGGACCCAAGUUCAACAUGCCAUCCAUUUCAGGACCAAAAAUCUCAAUGCCAGAUGUGGAUUUCAAUCUGAAAGGUUCCAAGCUCAAAGGUGAUGUGGAUAUGUCAACUCCAAAGAUUGAGGGAGACAUAAAGGCACCCAAGAUCGAUAUCAAAGGUCCCGCAAUUGGUAUUGAAGGGCCAAAGGGUGAAUUUGAAAUGCCUAAAAUCAAAAUGCCAUCCCUGAACAUUAAAGGUUCAAAAUUGGAGGGUCCAGAUUUUGAUUUAAACCUUCCUAAAGCUAACAUUGAUGUGAAAGCACCUGAUGUUGACAUUAAAGCUCCAGAAAUUGACAUUGAGGGGCCAGAUGCAAAAAUUAAAGGACCUAAAGUCAAGAUACCAACCAUAAAAGGACCGAAGAUGCCAGAUUUUGAUGUCAAUCUUAAAGGUCCCAGACUCCACGGUGAUGUGGACGUGUCAGCUCCAAAGAUUGAAGGAGACUUAAAAACAGCCACCGUUGACAUCAAAGGUCCAGAUGUUCAUGGUGAGGGAUUCCGGGCUGGAUUUGAGAUGCCUAAAAUCAAAAUGCCAUCACUUAACAUCAAAGGUCCAAAAGCAGAGGGUCCAGACAUUGAUGUUAAAGCUCCUGAACUUGAUGUAAACCUAGAAGGUCCUAAAAUCAAAGGUGAGGUUGACGCUUCAGUGUCCAAAUUGGAAGGGGAUAUCAAAGGGCCCUCCAUCACAAUGGAAGGUGGAAAGACAGGUGUUACCUUCCCUAAGUUCAAAGGUCCUAAAUUUGGAAUGAAAUCCCCAGAAGUUGGGGGACCCGAAUCCAUGGUCAAGACACCCAUGUUCAGUGUAGGAGCAAAAGGUUCCACAACAGAAGUACACCUUCCAGAUACUGAAGCUGGCCUGGAUGCCCCUGAUAUUGACAUCAAUGUAAAGGGGAAAAAGGGGAAAUUUAAACUUCCUAAAGUGAAGGCUAAGGUAAAGAAACCCGAUCUUGACAUAGAAACACCAGCAGCAGAUGUGGAUGUGGAGACACCCAAUGUUCAUGUCAAAGGAACAAAGGUAAAGAAGCCUCUCUUUGGAAAGCUUCAUUUUCCUGAUGUGGAAUUAGAUAUCAAAUCACCAAAAGUGAAAAGCGAUGGAUCUUUAUCAGAGGGACUGAAAUCAUCUGACAUAGAUGUGCCAUCUGCUAGCCUGAACACAGCUAUUGAAGGUUCUGGUAUUGACAGUCCAAAUGUUAAAUUGGAAGGUUCAGAUAUCAAAUUAAAGACAGCCAACCUUAAAAUGACAAAUGUGAAAGGAAGUGCAGAGAUUGAUGCAAGCGUUUCAGGGGGCAAUGCAAGUGGGGGUCUUCAAUACCCAGAGGGUACAGUAACAUUUCCCAAAAUCAAGGUACCAAAAUUUGGUAUUGCUCUGCCUCCACUGGAAGGCAAAGGCACUGGAGGAAAUGUUGAAUCAGAACUUUCAGCUAGUGGAGGAAUUAACAUACAGUCUCCAUCUGUUAGUUGUCAAACCAGCUCACAAAAUAUUGAGGUUCCUAGCCCAGAACUGAGGCACAGUGAGGGCAAAGUAAAGGUAAAGGUGCCAAAAUUUUUUGGCAAAUCAAAAGCAAAGGGCAGUAGUGCAGGUGACCUUCGGGGACCAGAGGGAGAAUUGAGUACUAGUGGAAAAGGCAGUAAGAACUCUAAGGAUUUAAGUGUACACACUGGGGAACUGAUGGGUGGAAAAAUAGAAUUGGAGGGUGAUCCUGGACUCAGUGUGUCAACCAAAGGCAAGUCAGCCUCACUGGAUCUAUUCAAGAAAUCAAGGCAUCGGUCAUCUUCUCUGAGUGAUGAAGGGGGGCUUGCAGUCAGUUCUCCUUCCGUUCACUUAGAAGCUGAGGGUGGUGACAUUUCAUUAGACCUAGGAGGAAGCAAGGUCAAAGGAAAGAAAGGCAAGUUGAAGUUUGGCACCUUUGGAGGUUUUGGUUCAAAGUCAAAGGGCUCAUAUGAAGUGACACUUGGUGAGGACAGUGAAGCAGGAGCAGAGGGAAGUGCAAGUGUUUCUCUGCCCUCUAAAAAGUCAAGAUUGUCUUCAUCUUCCAGCAGUGACAGUGGUUCAAGAGGUGGUUUUAGGUUCCCAAGAGUUGAACUAUCUGUUUCACCAAAAAAAUGAUUACUUGUGUGGCAAAUUAGACUUUCUCAUGUACACUCAAAUACGUUCUCCUAACAUGUUAAAUUCUUCAGACUUCAGUUCUUUUAAACCUAAGAGAACGUACACAGUCAUCUCAAUGUUUUUACCCACAAGUAAUUCUUUUUUUCAGUAAUUAGACAGGAGUGAAUGAGAUUGUUUAAAAUCCCUUCAAACUGUAAAUAAGAUGAAUUUGUAUUGUAAUAAUAAAUAUUGUUUUUUGUACAUAGUCCAGAUUUAUUGAAAUAUGCCAUCUCACCAAAUAUUCACCAACAGUUUAUCACAGGGUUUAUCAUUUUGCUUUAUUUCAUUCUUUUAAAUGAAUGUUGUUAAUGAAUGGGUGUGGUAUAUUUGUAUCCAGGGGUCUAUUGCACAGAGCAGAUAGUUACAAUAGUUAUUUUGAAGGAAAAUGUUGUUUAUACACCAGACACAAAUAUAAACAGUUACCACUUUUUAUGUAUGAAAUGAUUUUAUUUUCAAGCUUUGAUAUUAUAUAAUCAGUGCAGAAGCAUAUCUAUGCAACAUAGAGCUGGCCCUUUAUAACAAAUUCAGAGUGAUGGUGUUGUAUAUACCAUAAUUGCAAAGACAAUCACUGUUUGGAUACUAUCAACUCUCUUAAAUGCUGUCAGUAUGUUUCUGUUAAUAAAGAACAUUUAUUCACCCAUAAAUCCUAUGCCAUUUACCAAAAAUAUGCAGUUGCUUUAUUUGUUUGAAACGUUUUGCUUCCUAAUCCUGUCACUUUAAUUCAUACCAGUUUUACGAUCCUCUGUAUUUUAUUACCUUCGUUACUCUCUCUUUGUGAUUACGUAAAAACAAUGUUACAAAUAAACAGUCACUUUUUGAUAUUUUUUUUGCAAACAAAAUCUGUGUUGAUAGAGAGUUGCAUAGUUUUUAUCAGAUAUGAUGGCAACAGGACAUGAUUCUUUGGGUCUAUUCUUUUGUGUGCAUUCUGCCAAAUAAACUAAAUAAAAAGAUUUAUUGAAUUUA